CAUUACCAGGCCUCUGAAGAACGCCAAGACAUGUUGAGAAGUUUUUGCAUGUUGGGACAGGCUGCGGAUUCAAACAUCAAGGACAAACAAAUAUUUAAACAUCCAGACCUUUAAAAAAGGGUGUGUUGAAUUCAUUUGUGUCCAUGAAUCAUGAAACUGUUGCAAGAAUGUUAAAUCUCCUGUGAAGAGACAGACUGUGGAAACCCCCCCCAAAGAAAAGCAGAAUUUCAUGUCAGCUGCAAAGAUAGACCGGUUCAGGUGGUUUAAGGAUCGUGAGGUUUUGGGUGCAACUCUGCACUCGUUACCAGACUCGCAGGUGUGACAGAGAGGGCGUGACUUUAAACUCAUCUCCAAAUCGAAGUCCGACCUGUUUUCAGAGGACUCUCUGCCAUCCUGUGUGUGUCACCUAACGCGAACCGUUACCAGCAGUCGUCACCAUGGCUGAAAAUGCAGAGGCCCACUCCACCACUCUUACCACCAAUCGCAACAUCACCAUGGAAAUCACCAACAUCACCACCGCCUACUGCCUCGUCAACCCAAAGGUUCACAUGGAAAGUGGCUUCGCCCACAGCCCUCCGCAGCCCACCGUGCGCACCACUAAGACAGAGGUGUGCUCUUUCACCAAGGAUGACAACACAGCAUCAGGUGCUGCGGGUGUGCUGACCUAUGACCUGUUUGACAUGCGCAGCCGCCGCUGCGAUGGCAUUGUGGCCAUCAUGUUCUCCGUGCCGUUCGACUACAACUUCUACAAGAACUGGCUCGGCGUGGGCGUCCUUGAUAAAUCGAAAGCUGUCGACAGCAAGUUGUUCAACUACAUGUACAACGACAAGAACUGCAGCGACUUUGUCCGCUACGAGGCCAAAGGCUCAGGGCUGGUGUUCAGAGGCAAGACGGUGGAUGUGAGGGCAUGUAUGUCCGAUGAGGGCAAAGCUAUUGUUAAACUGGAGCUGUAUGACAGGAUGGGCUAAAGAGUCUGGUUGUAUUAGGUGUGAGAAUAAAAUGUUCGCAAACAAAUGUGUCGAGUGUAUUUGCUGAUAUUCCUGAAAACCAAAGUGCAAGUUGUCAUCCUUAUGGUUUAGAGGUGCUUUAAACAAAUAAAAAACAAUUCAACUGA